GGGACACUGGGUCCUGCGUGGAAAUGUCGAAAAAGUUGACCAAAUUUCAAAUCAUUCUCGACCGUGGCACCUUGCUCUAUCUGCCCGGCCAGGUGUUGUCCGGCCGGGUGUUGCUGGAAACGCAGGGCAACACGGCCGUGCUGGGGCUGCACUUUCACGUGCUCGGUGAGUGCACCGUGCAUGUGCCGAAAGGGCGCCGUGAUCGCUCGUACGAUAAGGAGAAUUACAUCGACUUCCGCAUGAAGCUGCUCGAUGAUUUCGACAACAAGCCAAUCCUGCUGUCGCCGGGCAUCCACUGUUUCCCGUUCAAGCUCGGGCUGCCAGUGUCGCUGCCCUCCACCUUUCUCGGCCGGCACGGCUGGGUGCAGUACUACUGCAAAACGAGCCUCCAGGAAACGUCCGGCAUUUCCCACAAAAACCAACAGGUGUUUAUAGUUCUAAAUCCCAUCGACCUGAACCUGGAGGUGCCCAUCAUGAGCAGUCCGAUGGAGGUGAACGUCGAUCAUCGCGUAGGCGUCGGCUAUAUCGGUGGAACCGUCCGCUGUAACGUGGGCUUGGACAAGCGGGCGUACAUUCCGGGCGAGAGCAUUCUGCUCACGGGCGAGGUGUCCAACCGGAGCAACGUGACCGUGAAGCUGCUUAAGUAUGCGCUCAUCGAGACGGUGCGAUACUUCGUCCACGGCAAGUCGGUACACCAGGAACGCCGGGAGCUGGACGCUAUCGUGCGGGAUAAAAUCAAGUCCGGCGGGCGGGAUGUACUGCAGAACGGACACCUCACCGUGCCGCCGCUCCCACCGACCAACCUGCUCGGCUGCCAUCUGAUCAAAGUGCAGUACAGCGUCUGUGUGCUAAUAGAACCGAACCUCAUGGAGCGCCAGGAAGCCAUUCGGAUUCCCAUCACGCUCGGGACGUACCCGUUCCGGCGGGACGACGAAAACCUACAGGAAUGGGUUGAUAACUAUGUGCAGUACCCGGCAGCGCUGCCCGUGUCCCGUGGCACACCGUUCGAGGUGCUACACUAGACGGUCCGCCGGGCCGCCCCACUGAACCCUUUGCUGAUUGAACCGUCCGUUGCCUUUGCGGGACCCUGAUAAUCGUGAACAAAAUUAAAUGAUCGGAUUAUGCGAAGUUCCAAAUAAUGCUCACGGUCAACGAUGCUCAUCACAUCACUCAGCAUCGAACUAGCUGUUGGGUUCUCUCUAAUGUUGCUUCCUAACCCGUGUAGCAUUAACGAGGUAGUAGUUAAUGCGAUAAACGACACUUUGCUGACAAGAAUAAUCAUAGCUUAUGGAUUACAGGAUUCGAAAUCACACUGCUGGUGUUUUACAAUUUUUGAAUACGU